AUGAAUGUUCUGCAACUGAAAUACUUGAAUCCCUCCUGCGGCAUAUUGCUACGUAGGCAGUCAUCGGGGAAGAUGCAUAGCCUUGACUUUGAUUUUUCGUUGCAAGGAGGGUGGUUCUACCUGGGAACAUUGUCGAGAUUUCUUGGUCUCAAUCACCGCAACAGUCCCCAGUCUGAUUGUGUGAACCUGUCAUAG